AUGCCCAUGACAUCUAGGUUGCGGAUGGAGACACGUAUAUUCAUAGCGAGAAUGCGCGAUAAGAAUCGAGAUAACAAAAAAAUACAUGAGAUCAUUUUGUUUACACACAUACAUAACAGUAAUACACUGUUGGUUGGGGUGGUGUAUUCUUUGACGGAGGAAGAAAACGCCCAAACGGUGAUGUCUAGGAAGCAUCAAAUGCGACUGUCGGAGCGGACAGGACUCAGCGAGAUGAAUCCUAUAUCUGGCAAACUGUGGAACGCGUUGGCUGCCGUCGACUCGUCGACCGCCGUCGCGGCGGUGGCCGACGAGUUGACCGUCGAACAGGUGCUGGACGUCCCCGAGUGGGCCGAUCACGAGCUACUGGAGGCCCGUUUCCCUGAGCUCAACCUGUUUGAAGAGUUUACGAUGGAGUGCGAGCACACACUGCAACAAGAGUUGGUUACCUAUGAUUACAAUACGUUCACCGCAUUCGUCCGAAUGUACCGCAACUACAGGCGCGCCGCCGACCACACGGGUGUCCCGCUAAUUGACUACCUGUCCAAAUACCGGAGCCGUGUCGAGCGGGACAGCAUGUCGUGCGUCGGUAUGUCCGUAGCGUUGGUCAAACGGCUGCGACAACAGUACCCGCGAUUCGCCCGCUCUGUGGGGCUCGUGUCGUGCGAGGAGGCGGUGAGAGACGCGGGCGCCUACUCUAUCAAGUCGGCCAACAACGUGAAGGAGCACAAUCUGGUUUGCGUACGAGUGCUGGUGGAGGGCCGUCGCCGGGGCUACGUCCUCCUGGACCCGGGCUAUCACGUCUCGCGUCCGAUUGUGGUGAUGGAGGACAAACAGUAUCCGCACACCGGAUGGUUCACCUCUUCCAGUAAUCCCAAAGUACGCAAAGACUACUGCUAUGAGCUGUUGGACGACCAGUACAUCGGAUGGCGUGUGAAAGAGUGGCGGAAUGGAGUGCUCGAGGAGUGGAUGAAUUUGGUGUACGUGAAGAAGGCCUUCGCCAAGUGUCUGACCAUCACUGAGAAACGGUCGCUGAUAUACGCCAUGAAGUCGCUGGUCGUGCGUAACCGUAAGGGUCCGGUGGCCGGACUCUACUCGUGGCUCGAGACCAAAUCGGUGACACUUUUCUAUGAGGAGAACGGCUGUCGAGUGCAGAAGAAGGUCGAUGUGGGAGAUAUCGCCGAAGACAACGAGACGUUGAGACAGAUGUUGGUUAAGAUCGUGUGUCUGAUGACUGGUGUGACGGAUGUGGACGCGCGGGUCAGACAACUGAUGGCCACUUUGUGCGAGUUUCGUGAGGCGGCGGCCGAUCACCACUUUAUGCCACAAUUGGCCGAAAUUGACAAAUGGAUCGAAGAGGAAGACGAGAGCGACAGCGAGUCCGACGACAGCGAUGGUAGCGAUGAGGACACCGAUGAUAGCGAUAGUGAGGACAGCGACGGCAGUGUUAGCGACGGUGAAGAGUACUAA